AUGUGGUUAAAGACAUUAGCAACCUCUCCUAUUUCCGGAAUCGCUCUCUUCGUCCUCUUCAUCGCUCUCUUUCUCAGAUUUUCCAUCAACUUUCCCACUUCACACUCACAGAGAUUGUUCAGUACAGAAGAACUUUCAUUGUUCAAUGGAACUGAUCAAGCGUUACCAAUCCUUUUAGGAAUUCUUGGAUCUGUUUUUGAUGUAACCAAGGGAAAAUCACAUUAUGGUUCAGGAGGAGGAUACAAUCACUUUGCUGGAAGGGAUGCUUCUCGCGCAUUUGUCUCUGGAAAUUUUACAGGAGAUGGCCUCACAGACUCAUUGCGCAAUCUAUCUAGUACUGAGGUCAAGAGUGUUGUUGACUGGAGAGAUUUCUACUUAAGAUCUUACACGUACGUUGGUAAGUUAGUUGGUAGAUAUUACGAUAGCCAAGGGAAUGCUACAAAGUAUUUAAAAGGCGUUGAAGCAAAAGCUGCGAGAGGUGCUCAGCUUCUAGAAAAACAGAAGAUCGAAGAGGCUAAACAACCUUCAUGCAGUUCAAGUUGGAGUCAAGACGAGGGUGGUCAGGUAUGGUGUGAUGUUGGCUACCCGAGGUUGAUUCAGCGACCGAUAGAAAUGGCUUUGACCGGGAAGAUAAGUAAGCGCUGCGCUUGCUUUGAAGAGUCUCAAUUAGGCCAAUCUGGUUUAGAAGUAUAUGAGGGAUGUGACUAUCAUGCCAACAGGUGCAAAGCUUAG